AGAAAGUUUAUCAUGUCGAAGAAAGCGCUCGCAAAAAACAAUAGCAAAGAGGACGCUCUUAGCGCCGCCGAUGUGAACGCGGCCGCUGCAGCGGAGGCAGCCCUCUGCAGUCCUCGGACUCAGCGGAAGCACGUCUGGGCAAGGCGGGCCGACGAAACCGCCGUGGCGAUGCAGCAAGUGCAGCAGCUUCUGCAGAAGCAUGCGACCGACACGGACAGCGCCCGGCAAGGCUUCGACCACGUCAUCUCCACUGCAACGCAGCUGUGGGCGUUGGAGGCAGAGGAGCUGCCGCUGCAGUACCGCGACAAGUCCCGUCCUGCGUCGCAGCGAGGCGGCAGCGCGGCUAGUGCACGGGGUGGCAACGGCACAGACCAGCGGUCGUCUUCCAAGCAACCGCAGCGCGCAGCCGGCAACGUGAGCCCAAGGAGCAGCACAGCUUCACCUGUGUUUGCCGCGGCGCCGGCAACAGCGGAGUCGGUGGAAUCUGCCAUUCGUCAGCUCUCACCUGCAGUCCGCCCCAAGGUCUCUACUGCGAUGAAGACACUCUUCUACGCACCGGCUGCGGCACCGGCGGUGACACCGUCCGCGUUGUCCGCCGCCUCUUCCUCAGCGUCCAGCGUCGUACACCGUAAAGAGGAGGGUCGCUCCCAAACGGCACAGCAGCAGGCCGCCGCAGGGGAAUCUCCCCGACCGCAAGCCAGCGCGACCCGGUCGUCCACUAACCUUUCGCCUCCCCCGGCCGCAGCGGCCGACGGCGAUCCGGUGGGGCUCAACGAGAGCAAUCGCCGCGCCAACAGCAACCCCAGCAGUAUCAUCCCCAUUCCGCUGCUAGCAGUGAUCAAAGAACUGCAAGGACGACGAAUUCAACUGGAAGCGCAGCUGACGACGGCCAGCAACGCGACAGCGCAGCAGCUCCAGCGCCUUCAACUCUUACAGGAGGAGGCGAUGGUGGCGCAGUACGCGUUGGCAGCUCUCCGCAAAGACGCAGCGCAAUCGCAGACUCGUUGGUAA